AUGUUAUCACUGGGAUUUGUUCAGAGUGUUGCAGAUCCAUGUGUAUUCAUUCGUGUCCUCAAGGAUAAGCUGACGAUUGUUACUGUUCAUGUUGAUGACCUGAUACUUUUAACGGAUACUGAAGAAGAGAUGAUCGAUCUCAAGACCGGUCUGGCAAACCACUUCAAGAUGAAGGAUAUGGGUGUACUCCACUACUGUCUAGGAGUUAGUGUUACUAUAAAGGACGGUGUAUUGCAAAUCAGUCAAGAACAGUACAUUGGUAAGAUUAUGCGAAAGUACAAAUUACAAGAUUGCAAAACGGUAUCAACGCCAAUAGAUCUUAACAUAAAACUAGUUAAGGACGAUGGAUAUAGCAAACCAGUGGAUGUCGUUCAGUACCAGUCGAUG